AUGAUCGGCGCAAUGAACCUCAAUGUUUUCUACUGUACUGUCUGCGACAAGUACUUUGUUUCGAAGCGUGCUCGCGAAGAGCACGUCCAAAAGUCGACAAACCACCCUCAGUGCGAGCCUUGUCAAAAGCGCUUCGCUCACAUGAACGCGCUACGCACUCAUUACGUGACGUCGAACAAGCAUCACUACUGCAGUGUGUGCGAGAAGUUCUUCGAGACUGCGGCCGGGUUCAAAGUGCACAUUGAAGUCGCCGCAGUGCAUCGCGAUGACAGCGAUGACGAAGACGACGAAGACGAUUUUGAUGACUGCGAAGAUCUGCCUGAAGGCUGGGAGGACGAAUACGGCCGCCUGGUUUUCCCUCAGGAGAACGAACGUCACAAAAUAUUAUAUGGCGAUGCGACUAAAUCACCCUUCGACGAAUAUUUGAACGAUGGGGAGAAGUCAGGGGAACCUACUGACGAAGACAAAGCUGCUUCGCUAGCCAACGACGAGUCUCAGCUCAAUGCCGAAAUGAGGGCCUGCAUGCUUGUCGAUGUUGUCCAUGACCAGGAUAUGGACUCCUACCCAAAGCUUUCUGAACAUCAGAAACAUAUUGCCACCGGUGUCCAUGUCACCUGUCCAGUGUGUCUUAAAUACCCAACCUCUACCGCCACAUUGGGUUGCGGGCACCUCCUCUGCACCAGGUGUAUUCGGAAGCACCUGAACAAACAUAUGGCGUGCCCAGUGUGCUGGAAGCCAACGAAGGCCGCUGAUGUUGUCCAUGUCAAGCCGUGUCUUAUUUAG